AUGCGCGCGGUGGAUUUGUCGUGUGCUCCGAGUGACGGCAGCCUGAGCUAUCGCGUGCAUGUGUGUGUGUGUGUGUGGGCGUGGAAGAAGAGUUCUGCUGCCGUUGCUGAGGCUAAGUAUGAGAAUUAUACUUUCAGUGGCUUUGAUGUGCGCAUGCAUAGCAGGAAUGGUGAGCUGGGUGCUGUGUUUAAUGUGGCCCAUGCGGUGCACACAUGUAGCAACUGUGCUGCCAGCUGUGCAACGGAAGAGGAAGGGGCCACCGUUGCCUUCACGAUGAAUGUGACGACACAUAAAUACGCCGGCCCUUAUGAAUUGCGGUGGCGUCAAUUUUCUCCCGAUGGAACCAUCCAUCCGCCUGCACGGAGCAGCGAUGCUGACCAGACGGGCAUCCGUCAGUUGCCGCCACCCCGUGAAGGGAAGGAUGACACAAAAUCUGGUGGGACAACUGCGCCGCAAGUUAAUGCUGAGCCGUCACGUCAAAACGAGGAUUGGCGACAGUCUGCGGCGGCUGACGCACCGAACACCGUCGAUCCGAGUCCCGCAUCCAACACGGCGAUCAACACGUCCGAGACGAGGCCUGAAUUUGCCAGCAAUCCGAACGAAGUGAUGGUCCCGAAUGCACCCAAGAAGAGGCCUUCCUUUGCCAACGGUCUGAGAAUAUUAGUGGCGCCGAAUGCAUCCGGGAUCAUGUCUGUCACUUAUGGCGGCAGGGAACACGUUGCUGCGGAUAACACGGACGAGGUGAGUGAGCGCAACGCCACCGGACACAAAUCUCUCGUUUUAGAAAAUGGCUUUGCAGGCAGUGGAUUUGUUGCUGAGGGUGAUGCGGACGGAUUGGGUCAACGCAAUGCCUCUGGACACGAAAACCCCAAUUACGAGAAUUCACCGCGCAGUAUUCCGGAAACGGUGUGUGUCCCGACGACUGCUUUGCCCUGCUCUACGACGCGAAAUUGA